AUGCCGCCCUUCUGUAGGAAUGCAAAGUUGGGCCUCCUUUCUUCCCUGAUUUGUGCGGGAAGGAACUUCUUAUUACCUUUGGGGACAGAUGCCUUUUGGUUAAAAAGAAUUGAAAAUAAUAAAAUCCUCUGGGAAAAGGCUCAAAGUCAGAAAAUGAGAUACAAGACUUCCUUGGUGAUGAGGAAACGAUUACGGCUUUACCGAAAUGCCCUGAAAGAGUCAAGUAGCAGCUCCGGACACCAUGGCCCCCAACUCGCUGCCGCCUCCAGCCCCUCGGUGUUCCCGGGCCUUCACGAGCAGCCUCCCCAGGCCUCCCCCAGCGGCACUUUGAACGGACUCCUGCGUCUGGGGCUCCCCGGAGACAUGUACGCGAGGCCCGAACCCUUCGCGCCGGGACCCGUGGCCCGCAGCGACGCCCUGGCGGCUGCCGCGGCUCUGCACGGCUACGGGGGCAUGAACCUGACCGUGAACCUCGCCGCGCCUCACGGUCCCGGCGCCUUCUUCCGCUACAUGCGCCAGCCCAUCAAACAGGAGCUCAUCUGCAAGUGGCUAGCGGCCGACAGCCCCGCGCCCCCGCACCUCUGCUCCAAAACUUUCAGCACCAUGCACGAGCUGGUCACGCACGUCACCGUGGAGCACGUCGGCGGCCCGGAGCAGGCCAACCACAUCUGCUUCUGGGAGGAGUGUCCGCGCCAGGGCAAGCCCUUUAAAGCCAAAUACAAACUUGUAAAUCACAUCCGCGUGCACACGGGCGAGAAGCCCUUCCCCUGUCCUUUCCCGGGGUGUGGGAAGGUCUUUGCUAGAUCAGAAAAUCUCAAAAUACACAAAAGAACUCACACAGGGGAGAAGCCCUUCAGGUGCGAGUUCGAGGGCUGCGAGCGGCGCUUCGCCAACAGCAGCGACCGCAAGAAGCACUCGCACGUGCACACGAGCGACAAGCCAUACACGUGCAAAGUGCGCGGCUGCGACAAGUGCUACACGCACCCCAGCUCGCUGCGUAAGCACAUGAAGGUGCACGGGCGCUCGCCGCCGCCGCCUAGCUCUGGUUACGACUCGGCCACGCCGUCUGCCCUCGUGUCGCCCUCAUCAGACUUCGGCCGCGAGCCCCCGGUGGCCUCCUCGGCGGCGGUGGCGGCGCGUGGCGCAGACCUGAGCGAAUGGUACGUGUGUCAGGGCGCGGCUGCCUCCGCCGCGCCCCCAUGCCCGGCGCCACCGUUUGGCCUAGGCGUUUGGCCCUGCCGCUACCGCCGUCGCCUCCGGCAUGUCCACCGCGUUGCUCGCAAGGUAAUCUCGCCCGGCGCAGCUGAGCGCCCGCAUCUCGCGCCUGCGACAUCAAAGGGCCCGCGCACAAAGCAAUGUUUCUUCGCCACGGUGCAUCUUCAUGUUCAGGGCAGCAAAACGGAAGGACUCACCAAAGCGGCCAUCGUGAAGGAGACCUCCCUUGCCCCCAAUUUCACCCCAGUGACACUGGCAUUCAUCAAGCGAUUUCCAUUACGGAAGGGAAAAAAGUAA